CAUCUCCUCAUCUCCUCCUCAUCUCCUCCUCAUCUCCUCAUCUUCUCAUAUUAAAAACCGUACAACCCCUAACAACAAAAAAAGCAAUGCUCCCCACAAAAAUGCAAAGCAUAAAAACGGUGAAAAUGCACACCGCUGACAUCAAAGCACUUUCAAACACCUCCAAAACAAUCAUAUCAUGCUCGCGUGAUAAGACACUGUCAUUCUUUACGGAUGAUUUGGUGUUAAUGGGAAGAGUGGAAAUGAGCUUUGGGUAUUUGACAGCUCUUGCUGUGGAUGAGCGGUUUGUGUACGUGGGUAGUGAGGAAGGAGUGAUCAGCGUUUAUGAACGGAAUGAUGUCGAGGAUUACGUUGGAAAUGAGGAUGGGGCACGUGUAAGUACAGGUAACGGUGAAGUAGGUACGGGUAGAAGUGGUGAGGAAGUGGAUGGAGAGGAGGGGCUGGAUAAAAGUACAAAUGUGGAUGGAGAGGAGGGGCUGGAUAAAAGUACAAAUGUGGAUGGAGAGGAGGGGCUGGAUAAAAGUACAAAUGUGGAUGGAAAUGAAAAGAUGUGCAAAAAUGGAAGUACUGCCAAGAACACCUCAGAAAAUAAAAGUAAAAGAACCGGUGAGCUCAUUCCGCACACAUACAUCAUCCACCAUACAAAAAACGUAACAUCACUCGUAUCAGACAACUCACUCCUCAUAAGCGGGUCAUGGGACAACGACAUGGUAGUUACAGACAUUAGCACACAUUCUAAAGUGUACAGCUAUACGCAUCCAAGCGGUGUGUGGUGCGUAAGAAAAGAAGGUACGCGUAUUUACACUGCAUGUAUGGAUGGGUGCAUAAGAAUGUUUGAGGAUGGAGAACUGAAGGAGUGUGUAAGCGUACAUGGGGGGUGUGUGCGUACAAUGAUUGUGUGUGGAGAGAGAAUGGUUGGCGUAAGCAACGAUGGACGGGUAUUGCUGUGUGGGAUUGAUGACAAGACCGUGGUUGCAUCGCGGAUGCUUGGUGUGUAUUGCUACGAUGUGCUGGUGCUUGGUGAUGGUUUGUACACGUUCCUAUUCCUUGCAGAUGAUGGAGUGGUGUUUAUAACGGAUCACUGCUUGGGCCGUAUGCGUAAGGCAUGCAUCGGAGAGUUCUGCUGGUGCGUGGUGAGGGAGCACGAGCAUUUGUACUUCGGGAGCUCCAAAGGGAACGUGAUCAGGAUUGCUGUUGAUGAUUUGAUAGAGCACAGCACGGAUGUGAUGAUGAUCGAGAAGGGCGUUGUUGUGAACGCUCAAAAUGAUGUGAAUAUUGGUAAACAGCUCGAGGAGAUAAAGAGUAAGAUCAAAGACAGCAAGGACUACAAGAUUGAGGGUACCACGCUGUUCCAAAAGCAAGGGGACACGUGGAUACAAGUCGGUGAGGUAAUGGGUAAGCGAGACAAUACUUUCACCGUUGAGCUGGACAAUAAGAAAUUGGAACUGAGCUUUGACAACGAUGAAAAUGUGUACGAUGUGGCAGACCGUUUUCUGCGUGAGAAUAAGCUUGGCGAUGAGCACAGGGGUGAGAUCGUUGAGUUCAUACGGCAGAACUUCAAGAAGUGCGGGAUGAAAAAGUUCAAAGACAUCGACACUGUUGGAUUGAGGAAGUACAUUGAGGAUGAGGACCUUGUGAAGGUGUUAGAGAGUAUCAAGGAGCAUGGUGUGAAGUACGGUGGUAAUAGCAGUGUAGAUGGCAAUCAAAAGGGUGUUGCUGGGGAAGGUGCAGUCGUAAACGAUAAACCUGAUGCUUCUCCCACAGGUGCACCUGUCAAUGGCUCAAUCGAUUGCAUCCCUAACAUGCAAAUGUGCGUUCUGGAAUCAAAGCUCAAAGCACUGUUCACCGACCAGGAUGAUAAUUUCUAUAUCAUCGACAUUUACAGGUUCCUCUCGUUGUACGGGUUGCCCAUCGACUACUCGUUCAUACUUACCUACGCACCAAAGACAAGGAAGGAGAAAAUUACGUUUGUCAUGCUCGUGUCCAAUUUGUACUUCUGUCCCCCUUUCGAUCUGGAAAUGGUUCACGGGAAGAUUAGAGAAAUGGUUGGUGCUGUGAGCGACAAUGUAUGGAAUGUGUACGAGGAGAACAGGCGGAGUAGCAGUGCUUAGUGGCUGUUGAUGAGGGUGUGUUAGUUGUUUAUGCGUGUUUGUUCGGUAUUUGUACUUUUGGACAUGGUUUUGUUUAUGCACAUGUUUUGUGGAGUGUAUGUGCUUUUUACUAUCUGUGGUAGCUGGUCGUGUGCUGAAGCAAGUAAUCUUAGUAAAUACCGUGGUGGUUUGGCAGACGUACAUUUUAGUUUACUCAUCGUAUUAAGCACAAGUGUUUGAGCUCUUUGCUUGGAUAGUUCAGUUAUUGAUUGGUGUGCCACAAUCAAAUCUUCAUCUUUCUCUUAAGUGCUGCAUGCAGAUGAUUUUGUUGUAAAUCUGGUAAUUUAUGCCUCUUUCACACAAUGAUGCAUUUUAUAUUCGAUCUGAUCCUUAAACAUGCUAAAGCACGGCAUGUCUGCAACUAUCAAGGUGUAUCUCCAUGAACUAAAGGCUAGUGGUUGCGGUCGGUUCUAUCUGACAGAAAAGGUGUAGCUUGCGUAAUAUUGGUAUCAGAAGAUAAGUAAAUGGCAUUUAAUAAAAUGGUAUCAGAAGAUAAGUAAAUUGCAUUUAAU